AUGGCGAUAGUUGUGUUACUGAUAGGAAUAUUAACUCAAACAAUAUUAGGUCAAGUUAUAAUAAAUACUGAACCUAAUGAACUAGUUGAUGGAGAAUCUGGUCACGUUAUAAUAAAUACUGAACCUAAUGAACUAGUUGAUGUAGAAUCAGGUCAAGUUAUAAUAAAUACUAAACCUAAUGAACUAGUUGAUGGGGAAUCUGGUCAAGUUAUAAUAAAUACUAAACCUAAUGAACUAGUUGAUGGAGAAUCUGGUCAAGUUAUAAUAAAUACUGAACCUAAUAAACUAAUUCAUGGGGAAUCUGGUCAAGUUAUAAUACAUACUGAACCUAAUAAACUAAUUCAUGGGGAAUCUGGUCAAGUUAAAAUAAAUACUGAACCUAAUGAACUAGUUGAUGGAGAAUCUGGUCAAGUUAUAAUAAAUACUGAACCUAAUGAACUAGUUGAUGGAGAAUCUGGUCAAGUUAUAAUAAAUACUGAACCUAAUGAACUAGUUGAUGGAGAAUCUGGUAGUGUUACCUGUUAUUAUAACAAUGCUUAUACAAUAAGUUUAUCUCGAUCUGGUGAUGAUAGUAAUAUAGCUAACUGUUUUGUUACUAUACAAGAACAAGAUUGUAAUAUCCUAAAUCCUGGACCAUCAAACAACUAUACCGACUAUAGAGGAUUCUAUACAGCAUCUAAAACAACUACUAGUGUAACUAUACAUAUUGAUACAGUAUCUAAACAAAGAGAUGGUGGUAUCUGGAUAUGUAGAGUGGGUGAACUUCCAUCUGAAUCAUUUCGAAUCAAUAAAACUAUUAAUGUUAAAGUACCAGUGAAAGGUGUCGAAAUAGAAAAUAAAAACAGUCUAAAUCUAGUAAAUGGAUUGUCUACCACAAUGAAUUGUAAAGUCACCAAUAAUCCUGAUCCAGUAAUAAAUUAUAGAUGGUUUAUAGUAGAAACAGAUCAAACAUUAUCAACAUCAUCAUCUUUCCAAUUGACACCAAAUAAAAAUCAAAAUGGUCAAACUCUAUCAUGUUCAGCAGACAAUGGAUAUGGUAGUAGUAAAUCUGAUACUGUUAUUCUAGAUGUUCAGUAUAAACCAAGUGUAAAGAUAGAACCUGAAGUAUCUGGUAACUAUAAAAUAAUAGAAGGUAAUAUAGUAGAAUUAAAGUGUAUUGUAACUGAUGCUAAUCCUAAUGGUUCACUUGCCCAGAUGAACCUGAAGAUUAGAGUGUUUAGUUGUUUGAUUAUAUCUGGGGGUGGAGGUAUUAUUUUCAGUGUGUAUUGGUUAAAAUGGCCUCUUCCCAACAAGCCACCAAGGUUGGUUGCAGUAGCAAUCAGUUCCAUAACCAAGGCUGGUAAAAUUAAUGCAAAAGACGUCAUGGACGCAGUAUCAAAAGUAUGUGCCGACCACGUCACGAAUCAACAACCACCAAAUAAAGAUACCAAACCAAAGAGGAAGAGAUCCAGCACGGAUGUUCCGAAGACUGACGUAAAGGGUCAAUCAGUGGAAACGUCAAGAAAACUCCAAGGUCCCACAUUAACCAAAGUUCAAAACGCCAUUCUCACCCCUUUGGCGUUUCACCUGCUGAACGUCACAGCAGUUCAAAAUUUGCCGCCAUAUUUAAAAAAUAAUGUACUCUUACUCUUGGUCAAGUUAUAA